AGUACGUGACUUGGGUGGUUAGUGAUCCCGACUUAUCGUGACAUUUUCUUCCGUCCUUCUGUCGAUUACAAGAAGCCUUACAUUUUCUAUUAGGGUGUACUUUUAGGACCAUUAGCUACAGGUAGAGUACCGAUCGACAUGACGAUUAGAAAGAUCUGCGGCAUUGGCGCCGGAUAUGUGGGCGGUCCAACAUGUAGCGUGAUCGCGCUCAAGUGCCCGGAAAUUCAAGUGACCGUUGUGGACAAAAGCAAAGACAGGAUCGCCCAGUGGAAUUCAGAGAAGCUGCCGAUCUACGAGCCCGGUCUUGACGAGGUGGUGCGAAAAUGUCGUGGCAACAACCUGUUCUUCUCUACGGACAUGGAAACUGCUAUCCAGGAAGCUGAUUUGAUUUUCAUCUCGGUGAACACGCCGACGAAAACGUUCGGGAAUGGAAAGGGACGAGCAGCUGAUCUGAAGUAUGUCGAGAGUGCAGCCCGGAUGAUCGCGGAAAUUGCGACCGGCGACAAAAUUGUUGUGGAGAAGAGCACUGUACCGGUCAGAGCGGCGGAAAGCAUUAUGAACAUUCUGCGCGCCAAUCACAAGCCGGGCGUCUCGUAUCAGAUCCUAUCGAAUCCAGAAUUCCUGGCGGAGGGAACCGCUAUCGAGGAUCUCGUGAACGCAGAUCGCGUUUUAAUCGGUGGCGAGGAUUCACCGGAAGGACAGGCCGCCAUCGAGGAAUUAUGCAAGGUCUACGAGCACUGGAUUCCACGGAAAAAUAUUUUAACCACGAACACAUGGAGCUCGGAAUUGUCGAAGCUGGCAGCCAAUGCCUUUUUGGCGCAACGUAUAUCGAGCAUAAAUUCCCUGUCAGCGGUGUGCGAGGCGACCGGCGCGGAUGUGUCCGAGGUAGCUCGGGCUGUUGGCCUUGACUCACGAAUAGGAUCGAAGUUCCUUCACGCGUCGGUCGGCUUUGGUGGAUCGUGCUUUCAAAAGGACAUUCUAAAUCUGGUGUACAUUUGCGAAUGCCUGAAUCUACCUGAGGUCGCCGCCUAUUGGCAGCAAGUCAUAGACAUGAACGAAUAUCAAAAAUCUAGGUUCUCCGCGAAAGUAAUCGAGUCCUUGUUCAAUACCGUUACGGACAAAAGGAUCUCUAUGCUGGGCUUCGCCUUCAAGAAAAAUACCGGCGACACGCGUGAGUCACCGGCCAUUCAUGUUGCUAAGACCCUGCUCGACGAGGGUGCCAUGCUUCACAUAUACGAUCCCAAGGUGGAGGAGAGUCAAAUUAUUGAGGAUUUAACGCAUCCGAGCGUAACGAACGAUCCUGAACACGUGAAAAGAAGAAUCAGUAUUUAUAAAGACGCUUACAGUGCCACGAAAGGAACCCACGCUAUUGUUUUAUGCACCGAGUGGGAUGAAUUUGUAGAACUGGAUUACAAACGAAUUUACCUUAACAUGAUGAAGCCAGCGUAUAUUUUUGAUGGAAGGAAAAUUUUAGAUCAUGAUAGGUUGCAAAAGAUUGGUUUUAUUGUUCAGACUAUUGGUAAAAGAAUCACAAGGACCAUACUCUCUAGAGCAUGGGGAAGUCAGACACAAAUAUAA